AAGUCGCCAAAACAAGAUGUUGCACCAACUUCUACUUAUUGUUACGACCCAAAAGGAAGUCAAGGAAGUCAGGGAAGUCGAAAAAGUCGAGAAAGUCAAGUAGGUCGAAACAGUUUAUUAACAAAUCUUUAUUUUGUAGUCGUGCACGGAUCGAAACAUACGCCAACCAUGAAGUGUGAUGCUCAUUCACCAGUUAUAAAGUUUGUGAGUGAAAACACUGCUCGUCCACUCUUAGGAAACAUGUGGAAAACCAAACGACUUUCAGCCACAGUUUUACGAGUAGUAUCCGGUACCAAUCAUUGGGUAAUUAGUCUUGAUGCCCAGCCAGAAAUGGAAAUCGAGGUCUCGGUGGGUCGAAUGAAAUUCGAAGCCAUUUCCACAGCUAAUGAUGAACCAAAUCCCAAUCUAAAUAAUAUAAAUAACGAAUCAGAGGAGUCAGCUAAUAGUGAAACUGAUAUCUCGAGUGAUAGUGACCAAAGCAUAAAUAGAGAGACAGCAGUUGCCAGAAAUACAAAUAAUAUGUUGUGGAAGGAUGAAGUAGUCACCAUCGAUCCUCGUAAAAUAUCCUGUUCCUAUUCCAAUGCACCAAUCGUAAAUAUCCCUGAUAUCACACAUGCAUCGCCAAGACAGUUCUUUGAGCAUUUUUUAUCCGUCGAGUAUAUCAUGUCAACAGUAAUAACAACGACGAAUAAAUGUGCAUGCGCAUGCGAACAAAUAUGGAAUGACUUAACUUGGAUGGAAUUCAUGCGUUUUAUUGGCAUUCUGACGAUUAUAACAUACAUAAAGUGUACUGAUGUCUGCGAUUACUGGUCUAUUAAAUCAGAAACAGAUGUACCAGCAAAUGAUGACCCCUUUUAUUUUGCACGGCAAUUUCAUGAUGCGUUUAACGACAAUCUUAUUAAAGCUAUUGUACCCG